CCCGGGCUGCUCUUCCAACAGUAUAAAUGUGGAGCGGCUCGGCAGCAGUUCACACAGCAGAGGGAACAAACCAGGAGAGCUCAGCUGAGACUUUAAUCACCGCUGCAACAAACACAAACUUCAGGAUGGCCGCUGCUCGUCUCACUCUGUCUGUGGUUGUUCUCAUGCUGGCUGUCAUCGCUCUGACUGAGGGCAUGCGCGGGCCCGGCCCAAAGAAAUGCUGCUUUCGCUUCAAUGAAAAGGAAGUGCCUAAAGCAAAAGUGGUCAGCUACAGCAAGACCAGCCAGCGCUGCUCCCAGGCCGCCAUCCUGCUGAACACGGCGGCAGGCCGACAGCUGUGUGUCAAACCUUCAGCCCCCUGGGUGAAGGAGCUCAUCGCCUACCUGGAUGCCAAGGCCAUCCCAGGACAGGUAUCCAACCUGUAACCAUGGAGCCUACCCCGGAAGAGCCGUCAUGGACAAAAUCAGCCAGUUUAUGUUUGAAUGCUGGAAGUUUUUAAGCUGUAAGCAAACAGCAGCUCUUCUAUCUAAAUGCUAAAUCUUUACCAGAUAUUCUCAGAGUUAAAGACAUAAUUAUAGGAUUCAUUUGCUGGGAGAAAACAAAUAGGAAUGAUUUUCUGCAAUCAAAGAGUUUUUGUUUGUUUACACUGCCAUUCUUUAGAUACUGAUAUUUAAUAUUUUUACUUUUCUGACUCUGAAUAUUUAUAUUAUACUGGAUGAAUAUGUUUUUGCUUAAUAGGACACUUAAAGUCUGACCGUAAGCACUGUGAUACUUUUAUCGUGUAAUCUGUAAUGACUUGAGCAACUGUGACAGAGCAGUGCCUCCCACCUCCACAUGGUGUCAUCAGUAAACAGCAGUAUAAGCUAUGGGCUGCAGUAAAUGAGUAAAUGUUUAAUGAUUUGCAUGAUUAUGCUACUAAGUUCCCUCUUAUAAUAAAGGAUGAAGGAUCUGUGAAA